UCCCGGAAUGGCGCCAGCUGCGACCGUGCCGCUGUCGCUGCUACUGGCGGUCUCGCUGCCACUGCUGGCCGCCGGCGAGGCGCUCAAGUGGUGGCAGACUGGCGUCGUCUACCAGGUCUACCCCAAGUCCUUCAAGGACUCCGACGCCAACGGCGUGGGAGACAUCAAAGGAAUCACGUCCAAGCUGUCCCACCUGACCGACAUGGGCGUAGCAGGUGUCUGGAUAUCGCCCGUGUACCCUUCGCCUAUGAAGGACAAUGGCUAUGACAUCUCCGACUUCAAAGGCAUAGACCCAACGUUUGGUACCAUGGAAGACUUGGAUGAAUUACUGGACAAGGCACAUGCAGUCGGGCUGAAGGUGCUCAUGGACUUCGUACCGAACCACUGCAGCGAAGAGCAUGAGUGGUUCCAGAAGGCGACCAACGCGUCACACCCGGAACACGCCAAGUACCGCGAGUACUUCGUGUGGCACCCGGGCGUCGCCAAAGACAACGCGUCCCAGCCUGACGUGCCCAACAACUGGGAAAGCUGGUUCGGUGGUUCCAUGUGGACUUGGCACGAAGAACUGCAAAUGUACUAUCUGCAUCAAUUUGGGCCGUAUCAGCCGGAUCUCAACUUCAACAAUCCAGAAGUUGUAGAGGAGAUGAAGGACGUGGUGAGGUUCUGGCUGAAUAAGGGCGUGGACGGCUUCAGGAUGGACGCAAUUCCGCACCUGUUCGAGAACGAGAGUUAUCUAGACGAGGAGUGGGCCGGCCAGUACACCAAGCACCAGCCCAAGACGUACGAGAUGGUGCAGCAGUGGCGGGCGCUGCUCGACUCCAUCAACAGCGAGGCGGUGAUGGUGACGGAGUGCUACGGGUCGAUGGACGAGAUCGCAGGAUACUACGGGAAUGCCACCAGCCCUGGAGCGCACUUUUCUUUCAACUUCCAGCUUGUCUACGUGGAGGCCCAGAACUCUGCCUCUGACGUCAAGAAUACAAUCGAUGUCUGGAUCGACGGUGCUAAGAGGCUAAAUCUCUGGAGCAACUGGGUGGCAGGCAACCACGACAAGUCUCGCGUGGCGUCGCGGGUGGGCGUGGACCUGGUGGACGGCAUGAACAUGCUGCUGACGCUGCUGCCCGGCACUGCCGUCUCCUACAACGGCGAGGAGAUCGGCAUGGAGGACUACAGGGACUUCCAGACCAGCGAGGAGCGCGACUACGAGCGGACCCCCUACCAGUGGGACAACUCCACCAGCGCAGGUUUCUCGGACAAUGCGACGACGUGGCUGCCCGUGAACCCCAACUACGUGACGCUCAACCUGGCGGCACAGAAGGCGGCCGAGCGCAGCCAUUACCACGUCUACCAGCAGCUGGUGCGCAUGCGCGAGGAAGCCGUCGUCCAGCAGGGAGAUGUCUCUACCGCUGCUCUGGGCAGCGCCCUCGUUGUCGCCAGGGCGACACAGGGUGCCAACCCGCUUUUUGUUCUGGUGAACUUCGGCAGUGGUACCACCACCGUCAAUCUGAAUGAUGGCUUCUCGUCCACUACCACCGAAUAUGUAAAUGUCAGUGUCACCAGUGUUAAAUCCAGCCACAAGGAAGGAGAGUUGCUGCGGUCGACGUCGGUAGAGCUGGCUGGUUACGAAGCAGUUGUGCUGCGCGGUGUGCCCUCUGGCGGCGUGGAAGUCGAUGUUGAUGUCGGUGCCAAUGGGGACGACCCGCAAGCGGGCGCCAUCGCUGGCGCGGACGACUCGGAGAAGCCCACCGACGACAAGGGAGGCGCGGCCUUCUCGCCGUCGGCUUCUGCGGCCGCUCUGCUGCCCACGCUGCUGGUGGCCGCUCGGAGGGCCUGAGAGGCGUCUGCAGAUGAUACUCGCUACCAGCGAUAGCAAGUCCCAAGACAGUGCCCGCAGUUCUUUUUAAUUUACAGGAAACUUAACACAAUAUUGCGAUACAAUUGACAAUGAGCCUAAAAGCGAAUGCGAAAAUAAUAAAAUGAAACCGGUAGCAAAUUAAGUUAUGCGUCAAUCAAUAUUAUAGAUACAAAAAAAGUUAACAAUAAAAUUUCAGAUGCAUAAGUGCUACGAUGUGUAAGAUUUUAAAGUUGUUAAUGAGUUAGAGUGAAUGAGUGAGAAAGACAGAUAGAUGACUGAAUGAGGGAGAGAGUAAGAGUACGACAAAUAGUGAUGUCAAAUCAGUAUUUCUGUAGAUCAAAUUUUUAUAGCAGUGUCCUUGUUCCUGUGUCACUGAUCACGUAUACCUGCAUGUAUUCAUUUUUUUCUGUCGUGCCUUGGGAUCAUGCAACUACCUCCUCUUCAUCCACUUCUGAUUGUCUCCCUACUUUUCCCAGAGGCUCGAAUGGCAUUACAUUUAAGUUUUGUUCUUGUUCCAGUGAUUUUCAUCGAUUUCCCAAAAUUGCUUAAGAUGAAUGCCAGGACGCUUAUUUCUAAAGGCACGACCAGUUCCUAUUCCUAUCCUUCCCCAACCUGAUCUGCUCCGUCUCUAAAGAUCACGUCCUAGACAUGAUG